AUGGCCCCUUCCGAAUUCGCCCUUCCGCAUUCCCCACCCCGCAUACCCCCUUCCGCGUUCCCCCUUUCGCAUUCCCCCUUCCGCAUCCCCCUUUCCCCAUCCCCCCGUCCGCAUUCCCCCUUCCGCAUUCCCCCUUCCGCAUCCCCCCUUCCGCAUCCCCCCUUCCGCAUCCCCCUUUCCGCAUUCCCCCCUUCCGCAUUCCCCCUUCCGCAUUCCCCCUUCCGCAUCCCCCUUUCCGCAUUCCCCCUUCCGCUUUCCCCCUUGCGCAUUCCCCCUUCCUCAUUUCCCCUUCCGCAUUCCACCUUCCUCUUUCCCCCUUCCGCAUUCCCCAAUCCGCAUUUCCCCUUCCGCAUUCCACGGUCCUCAUUCCCCCAUCCGCAUUCCCCCCUCCGAAUCUCCCCUUGCGCAUCCCCCCUUCCGCAUUCCCCCUCGAACAUUUCCCCUUCCCCAUCCCCCUUCCGCAAUCCCCCUUCCGCAUCCCACCUUCCGCGUCCGCCCUUCCGCAUUCCCCCUUCCGCAUUCCCCCUUCCGCAUUCCCCCUUCCUCAUUCCCUCUUCCGCAAUCCACCAUCCGCGUUCCCCCUUCCGCGUUCCCCCUUCCCCAUUCCCCCUACCGCAUUCCAGCCUCAAACUCACUCCCUCGUGCUUCUUGUCUGAUAGCCCCAUAUUUCCCUCCAUGCUAGCCCCAUUUUCCCCCCCAUGCCUCAUGCCCCAUGUUUCCCCCCUGCAGGCCCCAUGCUUCCCCCCUGCAGGCCCCAUGCCCCAUGUUUCCCCCCUGCAUGCCCCAUGCCCCACGUUUCCCACCUGCAGGACCCCUAUUUCCCCCAUGCCAGACCCGUUUCGGCCCCGUUAUAGCCCCCUAAACUUCCCCCGUGAUAGCCCCGCCCCAUGUUUCCCCCCUGCAGGCCCCAUGCCCCAUGUUUCCCCCCUGCAGGCCCCAUGCCCCAUGUUUCCCCCCUGCAGGCCCCACGUUUCUCCCCUGCAGGGCCCCUGUUUCCCCCCUGCCAGGCCCAUUUCUCCCGCGUGA